GUAGAGCACAAUAAUUUUUUUAGUUGUGAAACUAGUGAAAAACAUGUUAAAAUUUUGUGUAGUUAACUCAUUCAUAGCGAAAAUCACAUUGUAAAAUAUUUUAGCUUAGAUUUUAUUUUGAAUUGUUUUAAUCAUCUAAAAAAUGUUUUGAGUGGAUAUAAAAAUAUUGAAUUUUACUACCAAAAAAAAAAAAUAUUGAAUUUAGUUGUUAUUUGGAUUUUUACUUUUUUUUUUUUAAUAAUUCACCUUGAAAAUUUUGGGCCUCUCUAUAUCAGUUCAUGUCCCGUUCUUGAUGUAUAAAUUAAUGAAAACAAUUUCACUAACCAAAUAUACCAUCAUAUACUAUCGUGGUUCAUGUUGUGAAAGUAGACGGUGAUGAAAUGGAUAAAUUAUAGUUAGUAUAUUUCAAUUAUCAUGCAUACAAUUGUUUUAUACUAUGAUAUAUUCAUAUCACUAAAAUACACUUUCAUGUCACCAUUGGUAUAAGCAAGAUCGAAGCACCUAGAGCUUCUAACAGAGUAGCUCGCCGGCUUCCCAAGCCACGUCUGAGCGAGAAGGAAGUUUCGGAUUUGCCAGUGGCGCUCUUCUCGGGACACAGGUUGGGUUGGAGAAAGAUUGUCAAACCGGUUUAAGUCAUUGAGCCGUUCAAGCAAGGGGUUUGAGGUUUAAUGGUCUGAUCGGGGUCCGACCGGUUUGAGUUGUUUUCUAAAUAAACAUACAAAUAAGCUAGUAAUUAAAGAUUUAAUAACCGGAAUGAAAUUUAUCUUACAUGUAUCUAUUAAAAAUAUAUUUUCCACAAAAUAAAUCUGCCUAAUCUCUAUGAUCCACCCACCAACUCCCUUUCUUUCGUUCCUCUUCCUCUAUUCCUCCUCUCUUCUUCUCCUUAUUUAGGUCAGACCGGGUGACUUUCUGGAAGCUAUUUUGAAACCUGAUUUACAUCGAUCCGGAUCCAACCAAAGGUUCGAUAGGGGUUUCGGAGUAUCUGAUGUGAUUGGUAAUUGCUCACCCUAUCCAUUCGUGAACCCAACAAUUAACAAAACAAAACGGAGAAACCAGAUUUCCCAACCAAAACGACGUCUCAGAGCAAUCGCAACACAGCAGAAAAAGCCGCCCAAACGGCUACUAUUAUAAAUAAAAAAGGGGAAACGGCUCUGUUCUUCCUUGUCCUUUUCAAUUUCACUCACUCUUCUGUUGUUUCGCCUUUCUUCUUCCUCUGCUUUUUUCCUUUCCCUCACAAACGGCAAAAAAAAAAAAAAAAAAUUCUCAUUAAACAAACAACAGAAUCCCCGCCUUCUUUCCUACUAACAAACUCUCUCAAUCUCUGUUCCCCCACAAACUUCCUUGGCCGUUUCUCAGCAGAAACCAGAAGAGGGGAGAAACAGUGGGGAUUUCUGUGUCCGCGCGAUCACACCCUCUCUUUCCGUUUCUUUAGUUCGGAUAAAAAGGGCCGUCACAGAAGAAUUUCCGGCAAUGCGGCAGAAAGAGAACGAGCAGGCUUGGAGUUGCGAUCGGAAAGUUCAAGCUCGGGGCUUCGUCACCCCGCCGCCGCACACUCGUGCCCAUCGCCGUCUCUUUCCGCCGCCGCCAUUCUCGGAGAGGAAGAUGGUCUCCUCCUCCUCCUCCGCCAACGCCAACUCUUCACCCGUUGGGAGUUGCAAGCACGACCUCUUCCAUGUCAUUCACAAGGUCCCCGCCGGCGAUUCUCCCUACGUCAAGGCCAAACACGUUCAGUUGAUUGAGAAGGACCCGAGCAGGGCAGUCUCCAUGUUCUGGGCCGCCAUUAACGCUGGUGACCGAGUUGAUAGUGCCUUGAAAGACAUGGCUGUGGUGCUGAAGCAAUUGAAUCGUUCUGAUGAGGCAAUUGAGGCCAUCAAAUCCUUUCGUCAUCUCUGCCCUCAAGAAUCUCAGGAAUCCAUUGACAACGUGCUCGUUGAACUCUACAAGAGGUCAGGAAGGGUAGAGGAAGAAAUUGAAAUGCUUCAGCGCAAGCUGAAGAACAUAGAAGAAGUAAUGGUGUUCGGUGGGAGAAGGACAAAGGUCGCCAGGUCUCAAGGCAAGAAGAUUCAAAUAACCGUUGAACAAGAGAGGGCUCGAAUUCUAGGAAACUUGGCCUGGGCUUACUUGCAGCAGCACAAUUAUGGCUUAGCUGAACAACAUUACAGGAGAGCUCUGUCCCUGGAGCCUGAUAGGAACAAGCAAUGCAACUUGGCAGUGUGUCUGAUGCACAUGAACAAGCUCCCUGAAGCAAGGGCUCUGCUUCAAGCCGUAAGAACUUCUUGUGGGAACAAACCAAUGGAGGAAUCUUACGCCAAAUCGUUUGAGCGUGCUUAUCAGAUGCUGACGGAGUUGGAGUCACGCCAAUCAAGUGAUGGACGUCCUUCUGCUUCUUCUUUGCAAACGCAACCAGUUGGUGAUCACCAUGGCUGGACGGAAUGCCCCUAUUUUGCUGCUGCUACUCCUCCUCCUCCACCUCAAAGCUUUGGCAUCCUCAUGAACAGCGGAAGGCACCGCCAUAGGCAGAAUUGCUAUGCUUCAACGACACCUGUGCUGUUCUCUCAGCCGAGAAGGUGUUUAUUCGGAAGUUUGGGAGCAGAGGGAUUCCCAAGUAGUACUACAAAUCAUGGAGAGCAGCAACAGUUGAGUGGGGGAGGGACUGGAGUUACUGUGUUGAAAAUUGAAGCGAGUAUGGUCACCCCUCGGCUGAAAUCUCAGCCAAGAUGGGUGACCGCUUCUUCUUCACCUUCGCCUGCUGAAAGAGACUGGAGGAAGCCGUGGACACAAGCCGCUGCGGCCACUACUCCCGGGAACAAUGACAAUAAUAAUAUACUGGUGAAGUUUCCAGUGGGUACGAACAAGAGUUGGGCUGAGAUGGUUGAAGAAGAGGAGGCCGAAGCAGAGCUGGGAAAGCUACCAGCAGGUUGGAAGGCUGAUGAUUUAACAGGAACUCUGGGCGAGAACUGGGAUGCAAACGUGGCUAAUGAUGAAAAGAGCUGGUAUACAAAGAACGAGCAGCAAUCUUCCCAAACUGAUGGAGGUGGUAUAUCGAGGACAACAGCCGCAUUGAGACGCCUGUGCUUCGACGGAGCUGGGAAAAAUAUGAACACCACGACGACUAAGAGAAGAAACCGUCUUCAGGUCUUCAAGGACAUAACCCCAACUCCAGAUAGUCCACGAGCAUCUUCUGCGGCAAUGUUAAUGAAUAAGAAAGAAACUGCACUCUAAAUUCGUUGAUUCUUUUGUAAAUGGUGAUUUGUAUAUCAUUCCUUCAAUCAUUCUUUCAAUGUAAUACAUACAAGUGACGAAU